UUAUGGCCGGCAGGUGCCGCGGAUCUUUGAAAGAAACGGCGGAGAAUGUGAGCGCGAUGUUUUAAUCGGAGUUUUGCGGGAUUUGAAAUGAAGAUUGGCUGCAAGGCGAGGAAAGUCGCCCGCUGCGGUCUGGAUGGUGCGCAUCAACCUGUGCAGCACAUCGCGCUCUGCCGCAUCCACACAGAUCACUGCAGCCUCCACUUCAGACACACGGCUGCUCAUGGCAGUGCUUCUCUUUUUUUUUUUUCAUUGCUCUGGACAUCUUCCAUCUCUGAAACUACAGGAGCAUUUUUUCAAACAUAUGAUGAUCAGGUUUCCAUGGUCCAAAGUGAUGGACAAGAUAUGGAUGUUAUGUCUAGAUGCAUCAACACUAGCACCAUGCUCGACUUCCUAGGCGACUGCUGCUCGGUUUGUCUGACCACAACUACUUCAUCGUAGCUCCUGGGUGACCGCCAGCAUGGAGGAGAGCAAGCUCAUCUUCAGCCUGGAUGGGAGCAGUGAGGGCCCCACCGUGGCCUUCUCUAAAGACACACCAGAGACUGGCGAGAGCAGGCCUGACUUCAGCCUAGGGAUAGAUUUGGAUCUAAGUCAAGGCCACCGCUCACAGCCGUUCUUCAUACCUCACUCACCUUCCUCCCCAGGUUCCCUGGCUGACCUGUCAGCCUCAUCAGCAGGCUUUCUUGUCACCACCAACCUGGUCAAAUCCUCAUCCACAGAGCUUGAGCCCAGAGAGAGCAGCUCUCUGAGAUCCAAACCUCUGCUUAGCCUGGUCAAGUCCCUGUCCACUGAGAUCUCACGCCGCGGUGAGCCAGAGGUCAACCUGUCCAAGUCAGAUUCCAAGCUCAACAUCCACCCCUGGAAGCAGCUGACCCAGCCCAAGAUCCCAGAAGCCAGACCUGAAGCAAGGGCGCUGCAUGGGGAUGAUGGCUGGGCGUCACCUUCCUCCCCAGGCAGCUUGUCUCCCACUGAGCCACGGGGCAGCUCACUGAUCGCCGAGCUGGAAGACACACGGAGGAAGUUCUCUGAGGUCAUGCAGGACCCUCUGAGCAUGCUGAGUAAAAUAAUGGGGGAUGAAAGCUCAGGCAGCUCCAAACAGGGGAGGGGCUCUGGUGCAGGGGACUCACCAUCAUCCUUGGGGAGCUGUGGAAGAGAAGGGAGCAGGACCCCAAACAGUGAAGAUGGGGGAGCAGACACUCACCUUAAGUGCCGGAGAAGAACUGAUGGUGAGCAUAGAGGUGUGUGUGACACACCGCUGAGAAGACUCCAGAUGGGUUCCUUAAAAUCCUCUCUGUCUUCAGAUGCCCAUGGCCACAGCAGAGGCAGCCAUUAUGAGAUCCACACCUACGGAGAUAUGCUUCAGGUGGUGGAGCUCCAGGGUAAAUCCCCUGGGACACCUCGAUUACCUCGUGCACAAUCUCAGGGCAUGAUUGCUGGGGCAUCAGUGCCUCUUCGUUGGCUUUUCUGUGUGGGUCUCCUAGCUUAUGGGUUCUUUGUGCUGCCCCUGCCCACCUAUAUGACGGGCCUGUCUGUGGGGCUGGCCUGUGGAUUUAUGUUGGGCCUGGUGGUGGUGUUCAUGUUCGCUCCUCAGCGCUCCACCGCCAGAAGCAAACAACCCAGCGCCCUGUACACAGAUCCACUGAACAGGGAGCUCAGGGAGGCAGAAAUCAUAGAGGGCUGGAUGAACGAGGUGUACAGCUAUGAUCCAGAGAUUUACCAGCCCUCUGUCACACACUCUGUUUAUGCCACGCUGGAGGGCAGCCGGCUGCGCCUGGCAUACCCACGUGCCAAUAUCCCCCGGUGGGCAGCUUUCGACGAGACACCCCAUGAGGCCGCGUUUGUGCGCUCACGCACUUACCAGCUGGCCAACUGUAAGGUGUCUCUGUUGCCUCCUGUGCUGGCCCGCAAAAGGGUGUGGAACAAGAAAUACCCCAUCUGCAUCGUCCUGGCGGAGGGAGAGGUUGGGGAGGAGAGCCUGAUCGAUGGGCAGGAAGAGGAGGAGAAGACCGAGAGACAGAUGAUCCUGGACCCACAGCGCACUGUUACCCUCUACCUGUUUGGACGGACUGGAAGAGAGAAGGAGGAGUGGUUCCAGCAUUUCCUGUCUGCCUCCAAAGCUGGAGCCAAGAGCAGACUCAGCAAGGAUGACUGCAAGACAGACUCUGUGGGUGGUGGAGAUUCUGUCAAAGGAAGCGAAGAGGAGCUGCAUGACUUGCCUGGGGCUACAAAAGCACGGGUGCUAUUGGACUACAGUUCCUAUAUGACUCAUCUGAUUGGCUCAGAGAGUGGCAAUCACACCCCCAGCCCCUGCCACAGUGACCAGGGAAGCCCCACAACCCAGAAAAAGAUCCCUAAUGAGGAGUGUGGCUCAGGAGGCACAGCUGGAGCUGAGUCUACAGCAGCGACCACAGCAGGUGGAUGCCCCAUGGAGUGCCAGCCCACCUGGGUGAACUCCCUGGUGGGCAGGAUCUUCUGGGACUUUCUUCGAGAGAAGUACUGGACAGACCAGGUGGCACACAAGAUCCAGAGGAAACUCACCAAGAUCAGGCUGCCAUAUUUUAUGAAUGAGCUGACGCUGGCUGAGCUGGACAUGGGCACCUGUCUGCCCCAAGUCCUCAGCACCUCCAAACCUUCACUGGACCGCAGAGGCCUGUGGCUGGAGCUGGAGGUGGUGUACACCGGCUGCCUUCAGAUGACCUUGGAGACUAAGAUGAACCUGUGUAAACUUGGCAAGGAGGGUGGGGUCGAAACACACAGCAUGCUAGAGACCUGCCAAGUAGGCUCUAAACCCAGGCUGUGUGUACUGGCUGAUAGUGACGAGGAGUCUUCCAGUGCUGGGUCAUCUGACGAAGAGGAAGCCCCCCCCACAGAGCCCCAGGGACCUCCGGGAGAUAAAAGCACACCAGUAGGAGCUGAUGGGCACGCUGGUGGCAGCACAAGCAGGAAGAUCCUGAGAUUUGUGGACAAGAUAGCCAAGUCCAAGUACUUCCAGAAGGCCACGGAGAACGAGUACAUCAAGAAGAAGAUCGCCGAGGUGUCCAACAUGCCUCUGAUGCUCACCGUGGAGGUCCUGGAACUCUCCGGGACUCUGGUCAUCAACAUCCCACCUCCCCCUACUGACAGGAUAUGGUACAGUUUCCAGGUGCCACCCAGGUUAGACCUUCGUGUGCGUCCCAUGCUGGGCGAGAGGGAGGUCACCUUCACCCACGUCACCGAGUGGAUUGAGAGGAAACUGCAGUGUGAGUUCCAGAAAGUGUUUGUCAUGCCCAACAUGGAUGAUCUGUAUCUACCCCUGAUGACUUCUGGCCUUGAGGAUCCGACUCCAUCCCACCAGUCUCCCGCUCAUUCCUCAUCCCGUCAGUCGUCUGUGGAGUCCCAGGAAUACCUAUCAGAGUAGCUGAGGCCACAGGUGGAACUACCUUAAUGUAACACAUUGCCAAUGUGUGGCUAUUAGCAUGGAUCCCUGAUGGAUUCUUUUAUGGUGCUGUAGCUCGAUGUUACCCCUGAAUGUGUUUAUCGUAACGAGAAUAGGGUGCAGCUGGCACACAUAAGGUAAGGUGGCACACAGAGUGACAUGGUUUUACACUGAAUGGCAGUGACCUGGCAUCUCUGCGACUUUUGGUAUAAAGCCCCGACUGUAGAGAUGCUCUGGACAGCAGUGAAAGCACAUUAUUUCAACACUGUUUUUCAAGAGGGGAUGUCUGACCUUCACGAAAGACGCUUUAAAAGAUGCAAAAGAUGCAAGACUGAGCUACUGCAAGUCUUGCAGAUAACCCCGUGAAGGUGACUCUUGCACUGUUGAUAACUUCUGUUUCGAAAAGUUGCUGCUUGAACUAUCUAGACUGUGGGGG